AAUCUUUAAUUUUUAAGGAUUAAUAAUAAUGAAUUAAUAAUUGAAUUAUUUACCGAAAUAUAAAUAUAAAAUAAUGUCACAUCAAACACGCAUUGAUCAAUUUUAUAAAACAGUCGGCAAUAAAUAUACUUCGGAUAUAAUUAAAAAGCAUUCUAGGUUAAAAACUGUACCGUAUUCAAAAAAUAGAAAAAAAGAUAGAAAUGGAAAACAAAAUAUUUCAUUGUCACAAAUAGAAUCUGAUAAUGUAUCAGAUUGUACUAUUAUAUAUGAAAAAUCUAAUGAAAUGCAUGAUAGCUUUUUAAAUGAUAUAAAAAUGAUUCAAUAUGAUGACGAAAUAAUGGAAAAUAAUAUAUCAUUACAUGAAAAUGAUCACUUGAAAAAAACAUCAAAUACUAAUAUGCAAUUACAAGAAACAUUAGAAAAUAAAUUAAGUAACGAUUAUAUGAAAACAUUAGUAUUUAAUAGUAAUAAUAAUUCUCAUUUAAAAAAAACUCCAACUAAGGAAUCAAAUUCUGCAAAUAUAAAACAAAAGACUCCAAAUAAAAAUAAUUUUUCAUUACAAAAUACUAAUAGUUCUUCUACACAUAAAAAAUUAAAUUACACAUCUGGAAUAUCAUUUGAAAAUAAAUCUCCAAAAAUUAUUGAAAAAAAAAACUUGUUUGAUGAAAACAUUAACAAUUCUGUUUUAUUUAUUCAGACUAUUGAAAAUAUGAAUUUAGUAAAGCAAGGUGCUAUUUCAUUACAUAACUUUGAUCUAGAAAAAAUAUAUUCCAAAAGUACAUUUGAUUAUCAAUAUAAUAAUAUAAAUACUGAAAUUUUAAUGAAAUAUAAAUUAAACAAUAUAAAUUUAUGCAGUGAUUUGAAGUCUAAAAUCUUCUUCACUACUAUUUUUAGUGUACUUUCUCUUCCUAUUAAUUGUGGUUAUUUUGAUGAAAAUGAUCUUGAUUUUAUAUAUUCUAUAAUUACCCUUCCUAUAAAUGCUCAAAUGUUAUUGGCUAGGAUGAUAAAAAGAAAAAAAUGGUUUAGAAAAAGUAACAUAAGUUAUCCAGAAAUAGAUACAGAGUUAAAAGAUAUAUUUCAAAUUCUUGUUUCACGAUCUAUUUGUACUUUUGAUAUUCAAAAAGAAAACUUAUCUACAAUACUUGAAUUAUUACAAGUAAAUGAAAUUCAGCAACUUUGUAAGAACAUGAAAAUUAAUCCUAAAGGAAACAAAAAAAGUAAUAUUCAAAAAUUAUUAAAACUGUCAAACAAUAAACCUUUUCCUGGAAUAAAGUCGUCAAGUAAUUUUUUAUAUGCUUCAAUACUUGAUAUAUUAGAUUAUUGUGUAUGUAUUACACCUAAAACAUGGAAUAUUAUUGAUAGAAUUAUAACAUUAUUAAUACCAAAUCAAAGACCAAGAGACAGUACAUCAGAUAUAUUUUACUCUUUAUAUGAUAUUUAUUUAGGAAAGACAAUAUUUCCAAAUAAUACUGGAAAUUAUUUUCCAAUAUUUUCUUGUAAAUUACAUUUAUUAAAUUAUGUGGAAGCUAAAUCUAUAUUAUCUAUAACAUUACAAUGUAUUGAAAACAAAAAUUGGAAAAAAGUACAAGAAUAUGGAAAUUUAGCUAUGGAUAGAUUACCAAAUUUAUUGGAAAUUGAGUCAUUAAAAUUAAAAAAUUCUAUACUUCCUAUGCAUGUAAGAUAUUAUAUGCCAGGAUAUAUAUGGUUAAAAAUACUUUCUAAAUGUAUAGAAGCAUUCAAAAAGAAUAAAGAUAAAAAGCGAGUAAUAGAAAUUUUAUCAUUUCUAUUAAAACAAAACUGUCAUAUGCUAUCCUAUAAAGGAAAAUGGUAUGAGGAAUUAGCUCUCAUUGAAAUGCAUCAUCAUAAAAAUAUAGAAAUAUCUGCAUCUAUCAUAAUCCAAGCUUUAAAUACAGAAAACUUGACACAAGUAGAUAAAGUAAUUCUUAUAGAUAGAGCAAAUAAAAUUGUCAAGAAAAAAGUAAUUAAAUCAAUUACAAAAACUACUAUUAAUAAAAUUUUAGAUGAUAAUAUUCUUCAUAUGCCAAAAUAUAAGCCAACAUCUAUCAUUAUAAAUGCUACAGUAAUGCCAAGAAAUACUGCAGGAAAUAAAAGUAUUUGGUGUAUAGAAAAUAAUACUAAGAACCAAACUUAUGGCUCAGUAGAAACUGUUGCAUUCCAUCAUUAUCAAAAACAAGGAUUUUCCAGUGGAUUACACUGUGAAGGUGCAUUACCAAAUAUACUAUUUUGUACUUUAUUUUGGGAAGAAUUAUAUGAUAUACAUAUUCCUGGAGCAUUUGUAACACCAUAUCAAGAAGCUCCGGCAGAUUUAUAUACAGACCAAUUUUAUAAAAAUAGAAAAGAAAAAAUAGAUAUGAAACUUAAAAUAAUUAGUGAUUUAAGUUCCGAAUUAUUAAGUUCUAGAAUGAAAGAAAAAUUUAUAAUAUUUAAACAAUAUAAAUCGGUAAUGUUAACAAAUUUGGAUAAUAAUUUACAAUUGGAGGAAAUAGUACACUGUUUGGGAGUACAAGGUGUAGUAGGGAUUUGUAAACGACUCAUUGAAAAUUUUAAACUUUGGAGAGCUGGAUUUCCUGAUUUAAUUGUUUGGAAUUAUGAUACCAAAAAACAUAAAAUUAUAGAAGUAAAAGGUCCUCGUGAUAUUCUUUCAACAAAGCAAAAAUUAUGGUUAGAGUACUUACAUCAACUUGGACUCAAUGUUGAAAUAUGUUUAGUACAAGGUAAAUAUUCUAUAUGUUCAAAAUGUUCUAUUUAUAUCCAGAAAUCAUAAUCCUAAAGCUUCUGGUACAGUAAUAGUGCAAGGA